UUAGACUAUGGAUUAUUACAUCUGGUUAUUUGCAUGUCUAUCGUGGGCUUUACUAAAGCAAAGUCACUUCAUGAAAGAGUCUUGUUUUAAUGGCACUCUUCUGAUGAAUGUAAUUUUAUUGGAUGACGACGUGUCGCCCUGGAGUAUCAAUUUUGUGAAGCCUGCGGUGAUGAGGGCUAUUGAAUCUGAUUCUGUAAUCAACUCAAAAGAUGGUGUGGAUUUAUCAGUGAAGUUCAGAGGGUUUCAAACCAUUUACUUCCAAAAAAAAGGCUGUACCAGUAGCGCCUGCGAGGGAGUUGAAAUUUUAAAUGAUCUUGCGUAUGCAGGGGAGGAGGGAUGUGCUCUACUGGGACCAACCUGCACUUAUGCCACUUUCCAAAUGGUUGAUUUGGAGAUCGGUCUGAACCUCAACAUGCCCAUCAUAUCAGCAGGAAGCUUUGGAUUGUCUUGUGACUUCAAGAGAGAUCUGACUCGCCUUCUGCCUCCAGCGAGAAAAAUCUCCAGCUUCUUCUCUUACUUUUGGAGUUUCGAAGAUCCUAUCAAGCCUAAAUGGGAAACAGCGUAUGUAUACAAGAAACUGAAUUUCACAGAGGACUGUUUCUGGUAUAUAAAUGCUCUGGAAGUGGGUUUAGGCAACUUUUCCACCAGAUUAAAGAAAUUAGUGGUUCUACGAAAAGAGGAUGAGCUCAGUAAAGCUCUGGCCAACCAUGACCGGGAGAGCAACCUGUUCAUUAUUUGUGGGACACCUGAUGACAUCAUGGAUCUGAAGAACGGCACUAUGGAGUUUGAUGAUGAAACUGCUUUUUUUCUGAUUGACCUUUACAACGACAGAUAUUAUAAUGGGUCAUCUAACGAUGCUAUGAAGAAUGUCCUGGUGUUAACAAUGCCCAACACAAGACAAUACACCAUUGACACUUCUGGUAACAACACGAUGAAUGAUUAUAUUGCAGCAUAUCAUGAUGCGGUGCUGCUGUUCAGACAGGUGAUGAGGAACAUCUGGAACACAGCCUUCUCAGAAAUUCAGGAUAUAGAGUCUGUCAGCAUGAACUACUUCAGAAACGUUUCUUUCAAAGGCAUAGCAGGAGAUUAUCAGCUGGAUGAAUAUGGUGACAGGGAUCUGAUAUUUUCUUUGAUCUACACUAACAAUGACAAUGAGUACAACAUUCUUUAUGAGUUCAACACUUCCACCAACCACACACAGCUAAUAGACAGCAAACCUUCCUUCAUUUGGGCUCAACUCAGACUUCCUGAAGACCAUCGAUUAAUAGAUUCAAAAGGCAUUCAAGUCAACACCAUUGUCAUAGUUUUGUGCACUGCUGUUGUGGGUGUCAUGGGUACACUUGCCUUCAUCUUUUACUGGCAAAAUAGAAAUUACCAUCAUAUGCGGAAAAAAUGGUCUCACAUUUCCUCAGAGCUCAUUUCCCCUUUAGAGUUGAAUGAGUGGAAUAUGAUCUGUCUGAAGAUUGAGGAAGACUCUACACAAAAUAGCAGCUACAUCCUACGCCGUGCACGCUAUGAUAAAAAGGUUGUUAUCCUUAAGGAGCUAAGGCUCACAGAUGGAAGCUUCACUGAAAAACAGAGGAUAGAGCUCAAUGCGCUCUUGAACAUUGAUUAUUACAAUCUUACCAAAUUCUAUGGGACAGUCAAAUUUGUCAAUGAGUAUUUUGGCGUGUUUGAAUAUGGAGAAAGAGGAUCCCUUAAACAUGUGCUUAAUGAUAAGAUUUCAUACCCAGAAGAAACAUUCAUGGACUGGCAGUUUAAGAUCUCUGUCAUGUAUGACAUUGCAAAGGGCAUGUCUUAUCUCCACACAAGCAACAUUGCAGUCCAUGGACGUCUUAAAUCCACUAACUGUGUGGUUGACAACCGUAUGGUUGUGAAGAUUGCAGACUUUGGCUUCAAUACAAUUCUCAGUCCCAGUAAAGAUCUGUGGACGGCUCCUGAACACCUGAGGAAGCAGGGGAUCUCCCAGAAAGGAGAUGUGUACAGUUUCGCCAUCAUUUCCCAGGAGAUCAUGAUGAGGAAGUGCACCUUCUACUCAAGGGCCUGCUCUAAUCGUGCUGAGAAGCUAGCCAGAGUGCAAUACCCUAGUACGAACUCUUUCUUCAGACCGGAUCUAAACUUUGAGAACACCAGUGAAAGAGAACAAGAGGUGUGCAUGCUGAUCAGAAAUUGUUGGGACGAGGACCCAGACAGAAGACCAGACUUCAAAAAGAUAGAAAUCACUCUAUGGAAGAUUGUCAGUCUGGACAACCAGGAACAUGAGAGCUACAUGGAGAAUCUGAUCCGCCGGCUGCAGAUGUAUUCCCGUAACCUGGAGCGGCUGGUUGAGGAACGCACAGCUCUGUACAAGGCUGAGAGAGACAGAGCGGACUGCCUAAACUUCAUGCUUCUGCCUGGACCAGUUGUGCGCUCUCUGAAGGAAACAGGAAAAGUGGAGCCUGAGCUCUUUGACGAAGUCACCAUCUACUUCAGUGACAUUGUGGGAUUCACCACACUGUGCCACUUCAGCACACCUAUGGAGGUGGUGGACAUGCUCAAUGACAUCUACAAAAACUUCGACAGCAUCCUUGACAAUCAUGAUGUCUAUAAGGUAGAGACGAUUGGUGAUGCAUACAUGGUGGUGUCUGGUCUUCCUCGACGCAAUGGGAACAGGCAUGCAAUGGAUAUCUGCUUCAUGGCACUGGACAUCUUGGCCUUCAUGGGCACAUUCCAGUUGCGCCAUCUCCCUGGGAUGCCCGUAUGGAUUCGCAUCGGUGUGCAUUCAGGGCCCUGUGCUGCUGGUGUAGUGGGAAUUAAGAUGCCCAGAUACUGCCUGUUUGGAGACACUGUGAACACGGCAUCUCGUAUGGAGUCCACAGGUCUACCACUACGAAUCCAUGUGAGUCAGUCAACUAUCAACAUUCUCCAGCGCACAGACUGCAAGUUUGAGUAUGAAAAGAGAGGAGAAACUUACUUAAAGGGUAAAGGAAAAGAGACAACGUACUGGUUGACGGGAGUUACAGGGAAAAAUUAUAAUCUGCCAACGCCUCCAACAGCGGAAAACUUCCAGAAUCUGCAGCAGGACCUGUCUGAAAUGAUAAAGGCGUGCCUGGAGAAGCGGCCCUGCAGCUUGUGGAAGAGAAAGACCCUGUCAGCACGUCACAGGAAGCCCAUAGUGGAAGUGGAGUGCACAGAACUGCCAGAGUAUCUCCACCUGGCCACCGGUGACAGUCUAAGCACAUACCUGUAACCCCAACCCUGAACAUCACACUAACACACUGCCGCAU